AUGAGUGCCGUCAUAAAAUUUAUUACUGAUAAACUAACAUCUCCACCUUUUAAUCGAAAUUUCAAUUACAUUACUUUUGACAGUUUGGAACCAAAUCUCUUACUGCAGUUACUUGUUGAUAUUUUUGAUAUUAGAGAUGAAACUCCAGAAGCUACUACGAUGAGAAUUCUUGGAGUUUUAAAGAUGCUUAGGUAUAAAAUACCUUCCGAACCCGACGAUGUGCUAUGCGAAUCCCUUAUUAUCGGCGAUAAAACUUGCAUACAUUCUAUUAUGGAGUCAGUUUUGCAGAAUUUUGAAGAGCAUAGAAAGCGGUGUUACCUAUCAAAAUUUCUAUCAAAAGUUCAAGUCCCCGCUGAUUUCAUGCAGGAUACAGAUCUUAGCAAACUCUUUUUGGAGGUAAAGGAAACUUGUGUUGCAACAUGA